AUGGCACUCUCCGGCUUCUUCUUCCUAACCUGGCGCAUCUUCCAAAUCUGCACCCUCCCCGUCAUCGUCGGCCUACUGGGCUGGUUCGUCCACCAAUACGUCUCCGCCAACCUCCUCACGCCCGACUACAUCCUCGUCCUCUUCAUCGUCGCCGUCAUAGCCCUCGCCUGGGCCAUCUUCACCACCAUCGACUACCUGCGCGCCCGCCACGACGCCCUCUUCGUAGCCUUGUUCGACUUGGGUAUCCUCGGCGCGCUCAUAGCAGGCGUCUACUACCUCCGCUUCAUCACCGAUCAGAACUGCACGAGCGUCAACGCCGGGUUCAACGGAGGGAGCGCGUAUAUCAAUGGCACGUUCAACAAGCAAUGCGCCAUGCUGAAGGCCGCCUUCGCGUUCGCAAUCAUCAACAUCAUCCUCUUCUUCAUGACUUUCGUAAGC